AUGAUGACCGAAAGACGGGACAAGCUGUUGACUGUGAAAGUGGACCACUAUGAUGGUCAAGCGAUUUACAGUGACGGUGAAUUGAUCUACGAGCUGGGAGGGUACCUUGGAGGUGGGGCGGCAGGCGUAGUGUAUGAAGCUCUGUCGACACGGACGAAGCAGCAUGUUGCAAUCAAGAUACUGAAUCCUGUUGGCUACAAGCUGUUUCCUACUACGCUGCUGGCACGAUGUCUUGUUGCUGUGAAGGGCAAGCCAGUGGCGAUGCUGCCGGGGUUGGAGGACGCGGUCGAGUUUGAAGGUGAAAGACGAUUUUCGUCGCCGUCGGAUCGACGAGCUUAUGGUGGAAGGACACGCCGUGUGCGGAUGAACGUUGCGAUGUUGAAGCCGAUGCGUGUUGAGAAUGUGUGGUGGUUGAUCCAUCCGACAUCGAAACAGGCGAUUGCGGCUUUCGAAGACCCGUUCACCGGUCAUGUGCGAGAGCUGACACUUCCCCAGUGCAUCGAAGUCUGGGGCGAGCAGAUCAGCCAGUGCAGCGAAAGAAGUGGUGAAAUGCGAGAGAUGGACCCUGCUGAAUUGUACCAGGAAGUAUGUGUGAAGAACCAACUGAUCAAGAUUCCUCGCAUUCCGAAGAAAUUCAUCAAGUUCGCACACACUCGACGGUCUAUCCACCGUGAGAUAUCCAACAUGUCGGGACUAGAGCGUCAUGAAAACGUGUUGUGUCUGGACGAAGCACUGGAGCUCGUGCAAGACACUAAAUGCACAACGUUUUUGGUGCUCGAACUAGCUGGAGGCGGUGAGUUGUUUGACCGCAUCAAGCUUGAUUGCGGUACAGAUGAAGAAAGUGCGCGUGUGUACUUUCGUCAGCUCAUUUCGGGAGUGGCGUUUUGCCACCACUCAGGCAUUUGUCACCGCGAUUUGAAGCCCGAGAAUUUACUGCUUGCUGAUAAUGAGGAACUUUCGACGCUAAAGAUUGCGGAUUUUGGACUGUCGGCGAUCUUUGCGUAUACAGAUAAGGAUGCGAACGAGAGCGCGCUGCAACCUGAUGUGGAACAACCAUCUAUUCGUCGCUUACGCUCGGUCGUGGGGUCCCCGCACUAUGUAGCCCCCGAAGUUCUCAUGGACACUGGCCGGGGAUACGACGGUGCAAAGGCUGAUGCGUGGUCAAUUGGUAUCAUCUUGUAUGCAAUGGUCGCGGGAAGUAUGCCAUUCGGAAAGGACUUGCUCAAAUGUGGUCGCUACGACCGUUUUCGAAAGUGGUCGUACAGCACCAAGUGUAGUGAUGAAGACCCGAUGGACGAGGUCGACUUCCCGACAUGGUUCUUUCCAGCACGUUUCUCGUUGGAAUUGAAAUCUCUGUUAGCGCAGUUGUUAUACCCGGACGCCUGUAUGCGAUUAUCAGUGGAGGAAUCCCAGCAUCACGCAUGGGUCCGUAAUGCAAUGCCAAGGAAGUCGAAUUUGUCAAACAUGGAAGAUGACCAGCUCUUGAGCAUCGCACACCUUUCAGUACACCCGAAGUACCACCUUCAUCACCCCAUUUAA